UUCCAUGCCCCGAUCGGAGCGACGGGAAUCAGUGGUUCUUUUGAAACCCUCCCAACAGGUGUGGAUCGUUUAACAUCGGUUCUUUUUUUUUAAAGCCAUCUUUUUUUUGCUCUCUUCUCAGCUAUUCUCGAUCCACGUUAUUGCUAUGCCAUCAAAGUCGAAAAGCCUUCCACUAUUUCGACCCGGAAACAGUGACAAAAAGAUCCCAUCACUGCGGUCUAUAUCACGUCUCGGUUCCUUUACCGAUAAACUUUCUUCGUCUCCAUCCAGUACCAGGACCCACAGUCCGUCGACCUCUGUCUCCAGCACCUCCUCUACAUCCUCAGACGAUGAUCUGAUCGAUGAUAUUCUCCAAGUGAGACGUGCCCUGGAUUUAUUCCUUGAUUCCCGUAUCCAAGAGGCCGAGAACAUCUUGCAGGAGAAACCUGAUUCCAUGUAUUACUCUCUCGGUUUAUCGUUCAUCUUGUUUCUCAAGUGUAUGAUGACUUUUCAACAAUGUGACGUACAGACGACCCUCUCGUCGCUCAAAAAGACAAUCCAGCUCGCCGGAGCAUUACGCAAACCGGGAGGAUGGUUCGGUCACAUUACAACGUGGAUGAAAGGCAGCAGCAAUCUCGAUCACAUCAAAUCAAUGACCCGAGUGGAACGACAUGCGGAACUGGUAUAUGCCGAAGCAUAUUUGCUGAAAGCACUUUUGAGUAUGAUCCACGAUGAGAGCGUGAUGGGCUUCCUGCGAGAAAGUUUAAGUAUCCGCAGCAGCUAUACUACCUAUUGUAAUCUGGAAAAAUAUGUCGAUUUUGUGAAGCAAGAAGCGGCGGAAGGCAAGGAUAUUUCAACGUACGGACUCGACGACCACUUCACUUCGGGAGUCGCGCUCGGAAUUGGCUGUUUCAACAUCAUCCUGUCGCUCUUACCCAGCUCCGUGAUCAAGGUCGCUGAAUUUAUCGGAUUCUCUUCGGAUCGUAGCCAUGGCUUAGCUGUUCUGGAAUCCAUUGGCGGUUGGGACGAAUUAGGGGAUGACGAGAUGCCCGAAUCACAAGGCCCAGAUGAAGGGCUGCGAAGACAGCUGUGCGAUAUGGUGCUCAUCAUGUAUCAUAUCGUCUUAUCCAAAAUGAUGCCCUUGUCUCAAGUCAACGAACCAUUCGCAGAAAAGGUUCUGUCGUACAACCUUAAAUUAUAUCCAUCGGGCGUCUUUUUUUUAUAUCUAAAUGGUCGAUUACUCACCAGCAAGCGCCAACUGGAAAAGGCCAAAGCUCAGUAUGACCAAGCCAUCCAGACACAAAAGGACUGGAAGCAGUUGCAACAUAUGUGCUACUGGGAAUUGGGGGUCAUCAGUUUUGUCGAGAAGAACUGGCAAAAGAGUUACGACAUUUAUCAUAAACUGUGCGACGAGAGCAACUGGUCCAAGGCCGUGUAUACCUACCUGAAAGCCGUUUCUCUGUACUUGAUUGCUCAGUCAUUGUCCGAGGAGGAGGAACACGACAAGAAGAAGGAGUUGCUUGACCGCGUCGACGAGUUGAUGGGACAGGUGGAAAGUUCAAAGCAAAAGAUUGCCGGAAAAUCUAUUCCAAUGGAGAAAUUCGUGUCACGAAAAUCCCGCAAAUUCCUCAGUCAAAAGUACUUGCUGAUGCCCGAUCUUGAAAUCCUCAAUGCUUUCACGGCCUUUGAUUUUAUGCCGCAUGCCAUUCUCUCUAAGAACUUGGACGUCAUCAACGAAGAAAUCGAAAAAUUGCCGGGUCGAAAGAACCACGAAAAUUUCGACGAUGAUCUGUGCCUGGCCUACUACUUGCGUGCAUUGACAGCCCGCUCGUUAUUGGAACAAGAAAAUGCAAAGAAUGAUGCUGGGCAUCUCCACCGUAUUCACCAAGAGUCAAUCCAGCAGGUCUUGGAUCACGCUAAUCGCAUCCGUCUUGAUCAUUAUAUCUAUUAUUUCUCACGUUACGAAAACGCACGACUGCUGAUGCUCGACAAGAAAUAUGAAGAAGCGGAAAAGGAGAUCCAGGUGAUUUUAACCGCCAAUGACACUGGCAAAUACAAUAUGGGCGCAGGGCCCCAUGCGAAGAACAAGUACAGUCUGGCCAAUGCCCUUGUGUUUAAAUGUCAUAACUGCUUGAUGCGUAUCCAAAAUACGUCACCCUAAACGAACUGACACCCGUUCUAUGAAGCAUCAUUCCCUUUGUACAGAUAUCAUUUUCCUUUCUUCAUUUACCAUCGACUAUAUUUUUUUUGUUAUUAUUAUUUUUUCCACCAAUUUUUAUUGUAGUCAAAAAUACACAUUACAUUGCUUGGAACCCAAUUAAAACCAAUG